UCAACGAAUUCGAAAGCUCCUUCGGCAUAUUUUUCCGUCGAGCCACAAUCGGUCAAUCUAUAUAUUGCCAGCUAUUUCGAACAAGUUCAUCCAAUAUAUCCCUUUCUCCAACGACAUGAGUUCGAGCGGAAGGCUCUCGACAACCGAUGUUCCCAGUUCUGUGAAGAAUGUGCUCCUUUUUCAGCCUUAUACCACACAGUGCUAGCACUUGGCUGCCAACGUCUUGGCGGUGAGACUUUUCAACUAGGCUGUUCCCCAUCCUGGAAGCUAUUCCAAGUCGCAUUGGGGCUUUUUGCCGAGAUGAUAACCACGAAAGAGACGUUGGUACAUGUUCAGGCUAUGACCGCCAUGGCUAUCUUUGCUCGCAAUUCGUCUGGUGUUCAGAUCGAGAGGCUAUUGACCACAGAAGCCGCCAGGAUUGCGCAGUUUAUUGGCAUUAACCGGGCCAUCUAUGCAAAUGAAGACAUGGACCUAUGCCGAAGGGCUUUCUGGACGAUCUAUGUAUUAGAAAAGACACAGACUUUUGCGUGUGGCAGGGAUUCGAUCUUGAUCGACAGCAAUAUCGGCACACCAGUUCCCCAAAUCCCAGACGCGGUGUUUGACGGCUUUGACUGCUUCCAUGCAUUGUGUCGCUUCAGCCGAGUACUGUCCAAGGCAAAAGAUGCGCUUUUCUCGAUAAGCGCAACCUUAGUUCCUUCCAGCACGAUAUUAACCACUAUUGAUGCUCUUAAUGGCGAGCUUGAGCGCUGGAGGAAGUCCAUCGGCAAGGAUUUUCGGCCUGGUAAUGGUUUUCAACAAUCUGGCAACCUAGACAGCCUAUCGAUUAGAUUGAAACUUAUGUUGAGUUAUCAAUACUACAGUGCUGUCAUUGCUCUGGCUCGAAUCAAGCUCAACGUGGCAAGUUGGGAGUCAGAUCCAAGCAAACUUCAGGCUGAACAGGUACUUUUACACGCCUCCCGCUCGAUUGUUGAGCUUACGAGAUACAUCGAUGUGGAAACAUACACACCAAUGUGGUUAGCUGCUUACCAUUCAACAAGGAUUCUUCUUUCGGUCCCAUUGUCGGCUAUUUUUAUACUUUUUGACUUUGUGAUACAUAAUCCGUGUCACUCAGAGACCAAAAACAACAUUGCCCUAUUAGGUAUUGCGGCCGGAUAUUUUUGCCGUCUAGAAUUUUCUUCGGGUGGGAGAUUGCAAACCUCGCUUCUGUCUGAUCUUGCCCAGAUCGCCCGGGAUUACAUUUCAGACAUGGAAUUUUUGGGUACUCCAUAUUCCUGUCACCACUCACAGCCGGACGAACACGAAACAGGGACACGGCCAGUGCUGCCAGCUUCUGGAGAGGAAUCUCUUGCAACGGUGCAAGAUCCACUACGGUAUGGCACCGCAAAUGAAAGAUACUUUCCGACUGAUACUGAUCUCUUCCCUAUCGAAAGUGAAUUUACGCAAGGUGUCGACUUGACUAGUUUUUUUGCCACGGAACUCCCAGAUUUUGUUGAUCCUUCCAUAUUUAAUUUGCUUUAA